AUGCUCGUUGUGCUGCUCGCGGCAGCGUCGGGCAAUCCGGCCGUCGUCGCCGCCGCAUCACCGUUGGCGGCUCCGGCGAGGGCGCACCGUGCGCUCGCGCCGACUCUCGACUGCAACGGGGUCCUCGCCGCCGUGCACAAGGCGCUGAACGGGAAGGACUGGACAAAGGAAGUGAACGGACGGUUCGUUGGGUACGACGUCGGAUGGCAGUGGCCCGACCCUUCGAUCGAUUGCUGCAAUAAGGAGUUUGUCAGGUGCAACAAAACAACACACGAGGUCGCGGAGCUGGAUCUGCGGCACAUCGGCAGGCUCAAGGGCACUCUCCCAGUCCAGCUCGGCCAGCUCACCUCGCUCGAGUACCUCGACCUCAAAGGCACCCUCGGCGUCACCGGCACUCUGCCGCCCGAGCUCUUUGGCAGCAAGAUGAGCGAGCUGAUCGCGGUUCGGGCCAACACCAUAACCGAGCUGUGGGUCGACAGCACGCGCAUGUCGGGGACGAUAAUGGAUUCGGUCUCGCGGCUGGGGAGGCUGAAGACGCUCGAGCUCGACGACAACUCGUUCUCCGGCACCGUCCCGCCCUCCCUCUCGAGGUCGCGGUACCGCUCGAUGUUCACGAUCAAGGUCGGACCGCAGCGCAUCACCUUUAUGAUCGGCGCCGGCCCGCAGCUCCAGUUCAUCAAGGCCAAGGACGAGGUCCUCGACCAGGCGCCCUUCAUCAGCCUUAAUUAA